UUCUAUUAUCUCUCUGGAGAACCCCCUCCUCUCUCUCUCUCUCUCUCGCCGUCCUUGCCGCCACGCUUGGCCUCUGCCCAAGCAAGGGCAUCGGUGCCGUCUCUACCUCGGCUUACAUCGAUCUCCUUUCCCCCUCGGUGGCUCUCGCCCUUCGCCCGCAUUCGCAGCACUUUUGGAACCCCGCGUCGAGCGACGCAAAGGAGCGGUAUAUUGUAGGUCUCAGGACAACCUAUACGAAGCAGGGGAUGAAGAGAUCCGCAAGGCUGGUUGCGAUAACCUAUCUCUUGGGUAGGACUACAAAUCCUAAUCCAAGUUUGAUCAGGGGGAGUAGCGGAUGCUAUCUCUAUUCUUCUCUUCGUGCAAUCUCUUCUGCGUCGAUCCCUCUUCCUCUUCGGAAUCAAUGGCCCUUUUCUCGAAAUCCAUCCAAUUCAUGGGCAUCGUCACCGUGGAUUCGGUUCGGAGGACAGAGGAGAAGCCUGUUUAUCCAAACACAGUCGACACCCAAUCCAUUGUCUCUCAUGUUUUACCCAGGACAACCAGUAAUGGAAGUUGGAAGUGCUGAUUUUCCCAAUGCUCGUACGGCUAUGACUUCGCCACUGGCUAAAUCUAUGUUUGAAAUUGAUGGAGUCUCAAGAGUUUUCUUCGGAUCAGAUUUUGUCACGGUAACAAAGUCAGAAGAAGCUUCGUGGGAUUUUCUGAAGCCCGAGAUUUUUGCAGCAAUAAUGGACUUCUAUUCAUCUGGAAAACCACUUUUGCUCGACUCAAAUGUUGCAGCUUAUAUGGACACAGCAAUCCAUGAGGACGAUUCAGAAAUUGUUGCAAUGAUCAAAGAAUUACUAGAAACACGAAUUCGACCUGCAGUGCAGGAUGAUGGUGGGGAUAUCGAGUAUCGUGGAUUUGAUCCGGAUUCUGGGAUAGUCACGCUAAGAAUGCAAGGUGCCUGUAGCGGCUGCCCAAGCUCAUCUGUGACAUUGAAGUCUGGCAUCGAGAAUAUGCUUAUGCAUUAUGUGCCGGAGGACGAGGCAGUUAAGAAUCUUGACGGAAACAGACGUUCCCAAAUAACAGUCAAAGGGGUUGACCAGGAGCUAGAUACGGAUGAGGGUGCUUCAUCAAGCGGUCAAACGCAAUAAAAUGUCACUGAAGAAGCCUAAUCAUCGAACCUCCCCCGUAAAGAAUUAGUACCUGCUGUGAUUUCUCAACUCGCAACAUCAGUGGAGAAAUCUGGAGUUAUAGCUGAAGACCAUUUAACCUUUGUAUAUAUGUUUUGUAAGAGAGGAAAAAGAUAACCGUAAUGUUCGAUAGCGAAGCAUGUAACUAUCGAAAUGAGAUAUAUAUAUAUAUAUAUAUAUAUUUUUUUUUUUUUCAUUUUUAUCCAUGGGCACAUUUCCACAUAAAUGUUGUCUUUUUAUUUCA